AUGUCCGUCUCUGAAGCGCAACCACGGCAGGAUGAAUUGAAAUUGGCGGAAGAUACGCAGAGCGUAGAGGUUAUCGACGAAGACUCGGAGCCCAGAGACCAUACGAACUCAGAUGCGAUAACCAAGAAACAGAAAGAGAAGGAGCCGCAGCGCGAUCUGGGGAAGUCAAUCUUACCAUUCUCGAGAGUGCAGAAGAUAAUCAAAGCGGACAAGGAACUUCCAAUAGUCGCACGCGACGCGACUUUCUUAGUCUCACUUGCCACCGAGGAGUUCAUCAAAAGACUUUCAGAGGCAUGCCAGAAGCUCGCGGAGCGCGAGAAGCGAACAACUGUGCAGCAGAAGGACGUUGCAAGUGUAGUGCGGCGAGCAGAGGAAUUUAUGUUCCUCGAGGAGAUCAUCGCUUUUCAACGCACAGAACCCCCACAAAAACGCAAACCUAAAGCAUUACAGAAUGCGGAGAGCCAGAGUGAACCAACGAUGCUCGAUAAGUUUGUUACUAGAGGAGAGGAGAGCCAGGAACUGGAUAAUACACCCCCUCCGGAUGUUGUCAUGGACGAAGAUGGGACAAUGUAUGCAGGAUAA